GGGGUCUGGGGGGCACCGUGCGAGCCGCUCACCGCCCCCUCCUCCUCCUCCUUUCUUCCUCCUCCUCUUUCUCCCCUCUUCCUCCUCCUCCUCCUCCUCCCGCCCCACAGAACAGAGCCGAUGUGAGGCGGCAGCCGCCCCAAACGCCCCCUAAGUGUCCCCCGACCCCCCCAGCUCGCACCGGGCUCGGCGUCCCGGCACCCACAGCCCCCCGAGCCCAGCGGGUUUCUGCCUCAGUUUCCCCACUGCGGUGACAGCAGUGCCGGGGAGGAAACCAGCGCAGCUCUGCAGGGAGGAAGCGGCAUAGGCUUUAGCACCGCCAUGGAGUUCUCUGAGCUGAUCAAAACGGCGACGGUGGAGAGCGUGCUGCUGUCGUGCGCGGGGCAGCCGGCGGUGAAGGGCACUCUGUGCAUCACCAGCCACCACCUGCUGCUCUCCUCCUGCCCCGGCGGCGAAGGGCAGCCCAGCGCCGUGGAGCUCUGGCUGCUCAUCCGCAACGUGGACGCCGUGGAGAAGAGGCUGGCCGGCUCCUCCGGCACCAUCACGCUGCGCUGCAAGGACCUGAAGGUGCUGCAGCUGGAGAUCCCGGGCAUGGAGGAGUGCCUGAACAUCGCCAGCUCCAUCGAGGCCCUUUCCUCGGUGGACUCGGUGAUGAUGAUGUAUCCCUUCUUCCACCGGCCUCAGAGCCUGCGGCUGGAGGAGGGCUGGCCGCGGCUCCCCACGGAGCGGCACUUCCAGCAAAUCGCCAAGCAGACCACCCAGUGGCGGCUGAGUGACGUGAACCAGGACUUCGCCGUCUGCCCCACGUACCCUCCGGCUGUCAUCGUGCCGGCGGCCGUGAGCGAGGAGACCCUGCGGAGGGCAGCCCGGUUCCGGCAGGGCGGGCGCUUCCCCGUCCUCAGCUACUAUCACACCAGGAACGGCACCGUGAUGCUCCGCAGCGGGCAGCCGCUGACCGGCCCCAACCGCAAGCGCUGCCCCGAGGAUGAGAUGCUGCUGGGGUCGGUGCUGGACGAGGGCGAGCGGGGCUUCAUCAUCGACACGCGCUCAGCCCAGGCGGCCAAACAGGCGCGGAUGACGGGAGGUGGCACGGAGCCCAAAUCCUCGUACCCGCAGUGGAAGAGGCUGCAUCGGCCGCUGGAGCGUGGCCGCCCGCUGCAGGAGAGUUUCAUCAAGCUGGUGGAGGCCUGCAACGACGCUUCGCUGGGCAUGGACCGCUGGCUGGGCCGGCUGGAGAGCUGCCGCUGGCUGAGCCACGUUAAGGCAGCCCUCAGCACGGCCUGUUUGGCUGCGCAGUGCCUGGACAGGGAGGAGAGCUGCGUGCUGGUGCACGGAGCAGAGGGCACAGACACCACGCUGCUGGUGACAGCGCUGGCACAGGUGAUCCUGGAUCCAGGCUGCCGCACGCUGAAGGGCUUCCAGGACCUGCUGGAAAGGGAGUGGAUCCAGGCUGGCCAUCCCUUCCACCUGCGCUGCGCCCGCUCUGCCUACUCACACGCGCGGCUGAAGCAGGAGGCACCACUCUUCCUCCUCUUCCUCGACUGCGUGUGGCAGCUGAGCCGGCAGUUCCCCUUCUCGCUGGAGUUCAGUGAGGGGCUGCUCCUCACCCUCUUUGACAACGCCUACGCCUCCGACUACGGCACUUUCCUCUGCAACAACGAGAAGGAGAGGUGUCUGUGCAAAGUGAAGGAGAGCACGCACUCCCUCUGGGCCUGGCUGGACCAGCCUGAGGAGAGGAAGAAGUGCCUGAACCCCCUCUACUCGCCCAACCCGCUGGUCAUCUGGCCCUCAGUGGAGCCCCAGAGCAUCCAGCUGUGGCAGGGCUUGUUCUUUCGCUGGAUCCGCUCGUCCCAGUACCUGGAUGAGGCGUGGGCAGAAAUAUGGCGGUUGGUGGAGGGCAGCGACACGGCUGUCAAGGAGAGCGCAGAGAACAGACUGAGCCGCUCGCUGUCCGACCCGGCUGCCCGGCUGGAGAACGAAAGAUGAGCGGCAGCGCGUCCUGGAGAUCAUCCCCCAUCGGCAGGGCUGAGGCACCAAGGCCGUGCUGCAGCUCUGCAGGAAGCGCUGUGCAGGACGCACGCCCUGCGGGGCCCAGAGGAGCCUGCGCAUAGCAGAGCUGUGGGGACAUCGCUGGGAGAGGGGGACGGACUGCAGCUUCCUGUCAGCCACGCAGCCCGAGCACAUCGCAGUAAAGUGGUCUCUCUCUCAGUUUGCUCCUGCUUUCCAUGUGUGUUCUGUGGCCAGAGCUGGGCUGUUUCUGCUCUGUUGCCCAGUGGGAUUUCAGCAGCUCUCGUACCUGGACCUGGCAGCAGGACGCCCAUGUGCCCAGCAGCUCUUGCUGCCACGUAUCUGGCCCUGCCCCGUGCCCAAGCUGUGGUUGGCACAGCAAAAUCUAAGCAGCAGAACACGCUGAGCUCACACCAGCCUCUCCACCACGGGCGUGCUGGCUGCAGUUGUGUUACAUCAGUCGCUCCGAGCUGGAAGCCAGCCUGGGAGAUCUGCCCUUGAACCCAGUUUAAGGAAGGAAGGACAGAAACCACCCCUCCAGCCAGCAAGACAGAGGGACGGGGUCUGGAAGGAUGAGGAUUUGCAACACAACCCUCCUAGUGCAGGAAAUAACUGUUCCAUGAGGAAAGUUGGCUGAGGGUCAGUCCAGCAAAUAAACAAAGCACUUGAACUGAGCGCACGUCGUCCGGGAAACAAUGACUGGCAACUCUAUUUGCAGGCUGCUUGCAGAUCCAGCACUGCUGGGUCUGGACUUCAACAAUAGCUGCACCUCAACCCUGGGAAGAGUUAACGUGUGCCUGGGUGAGGACAGAGGCACAGGGAGCACCAGCACUGCUGUCUGCUGCUAGGCAGAGAGCAAGACACUGACACCAGAGCAGGCAAAGCAAAACAGUCGUGUUAAUUCUGUCCCAGACCAGAAGAAGAGAGGCUCUUUUCCUUGUGUUCAGAAAAAAUUUAUUUCUUGUUUUUUUCUUUUUUUUUCCUCCACUGAUAUAUAAAUAAACCCAGCAGGUCAGGAAGUUAGCAUCCCCAGGGGCAGG